UAUUCGCUGGAGCCGGACGCGUCAACGCGGAAGCCUUAUCGGAAAAACUAUAACAUCGACUGACUCUAGUGUUUGUUCAGUGAAGUGUUUAGUGCCAGAUUGAUUAUUGAGCUUUUAAUCUGUUGUGAUAACUUGAUGAGUCAAGGUUAAAAGUGUGAUUAUAUCAACGGUUUUAGUGAUCUAGAAGGUUUUUCCAACGCAGACCGUCACGUUCUAAAUAUGUUAUUUAUUGAUAGUCUAAGUAUAAAGCAAUAAUAAAAGACAUGUGAUUAUUGAGAGAAAUGCGUAAUGUGAAAGUCGAGUGACAAUAAAGUUGUGAAAACGACAGUUUUGAUUAAAGCGUUUAAUGAAACUGUCAAGAUAAGUGACUAAACGAAAGUGAACUAUAAAAUUGCAAAUGUAAUAGUGGUCGGUGAUAAAGUUAAUGUGAGGCAAAGUGAAGACAUCAAAGUGGCGAAGUCAGAGUCCAAAGUAGUAUUAGUGGGUGAAGGGGAAGGUGAUGGAUGUUGCUCGUGUUCUGGCAUGAGGAUCGGAGAACUCGGCGGAGUAUUGCUUGAAGCUGCAAAGUUGACCAGAUCCUGGUUCUGCCAAAGACCGGGCUACGGUUUCUCUCAGAAGGUCGACGAAGAGGAGAACAGCGGCGGCGUGCCGAUACAUCCACCCGACGCCUUCUACUCCCACCAACACAGCAUCCACAGUGGCCAUCAUGGCCACCACUCGGAGCCGGAUCGCGGCUACAUGGAGGGGAAUCGAUACGUCACUGCUGUGCAUCGCCCGCUGCCUGCAUUAAACCACUCGAACUCGUCAUGUUCAUCAACGUCGAAUGCGUCAACAGGUGCAGGGUUGUGCGCCGGCACUGCAGAGCCUGCUCCGCCGUUAUACAUCGCUGCACCACCGGAGGGGUUCGGCCUUGCCGUUCAUACAAACAGGCGUGGCACAGACGUUGGAAUCAUUGGCAGUACCGGUAUUACGCAAAAAGAUCCAAGUAUGCCCCAAAAAAGGGGUAAAUUAACUCGAGGUCGAUAUGAGAUGUCCCAAGACUUGCUCGACAAACAAGUGGAGAUACUAGAGCGGAGGUACGGCGGUUUAAGAGCCAGACGGGCUGCAGUGACGAUCCAGCGCGCGUUCAGAAGACGACAGUUGUUGAAGAAAUUCAGUGCGAUCACGGCGAUGGCCAAAGCCGCUGAUUCUAACGCGAGAAGACUGCAAGACGGAUCAGAUCAUUUGCUGGUAAAUGGUAACGAUAUCUACGCAAACACUAUGCUCCAGAAGAGUCCGGGCGCUGCUGAGAAAAUGUUGGGGUUGACUCGACCGAUGAGGUCUAUGUCUCUGCGGGAACGGCACGAUGUGGAUAUGGGAAACCACAUGUCAUGCGAGGUCCAGAAUGACGUGGACGCCAUGGUGGCCAGGGUGCAGCAGUCUGCGCACCAGAUCCACAUGAUAGCCAGCGAGAUACCGCACCACAGGGGAGACGCUGAUAGUGGAGUGUGCAGCUGCUCUGUAAGUGGCUCCGUGACAAAUAUAUCGACGUCUUCUUCCCACAAUGAAUCUCUACACAACCACCAGCUGUUGAAUAACUCUGGUCCUAUUUACGGCAACUUAUUGUCGUCAGGCGGUAAGCCAUUGUCGUCGCCAACGGCUCGACAACAACAACAGAUAGCGGCAAUUCAGGCCGCGAAUGCCAGGAGACUGCCGCCGGAGGUGCCAAAGAGGACCAGCAGUAUAACCCUCAAUGCCGAGAGUCCUGUGUCCCUCCGAAGGGCGGAAUGUGUCGCUUCUGGAGUGGGAGGCGUCGUGAGAGGUGGCUCGAUGUCUUCCGUGCAGUCAUCAUCUUCAUCGUCAUCGCAGGAGCACAGGCAUUAUCAUCAGCCUUACCAGCAUAGGCCACAGGAGGCACAUAUACACAUACAAGAGCAACAGUUCCAACAUACUCGCACUGCGUCCGGCACCUUGUACGAGGGAGACAGAUAUAACGUGUGGAAGAGACAGGACGCACCCUACUACGAGACUCCGCCCACCGCGUGCUGUAGGCCGCACGAACUUCACACACAUCAGCAACCAAUAAAAGUAUCAGAAACUGUCCGCAAACGUCAGUACCGCGUCGGGCUGAACUUGUUCAAUAAGAAACCGGAGCGCGGUAUCGCCUACCUGAUAUCGCGAGGCUUCCUGGAGAACUCCCCGCGUGGCGUGGCCAGGUUUCUGAUCACGAGGAAAGGCUUGAGUAAGCAGAUGAUCGGCGAAUACCUGGGGAACCUGCAGAAUCAGUUCAACAUGGCUGUUUUGGAAUGCUUCGUGAACGAGCUCGACUUAUCUGGGAUGGCAGUGGACGUGGCACUCCGCAGGUACCAGGCGCACUUCCGCCUGCCGGGCGAGGCGCAGAAGAUAGAACGACUGGUGGAGGCGUUCUCCAGACGAUACUGCGUGUGCAACACCGACUUUGUGCAGAGGUUGCGGACGCAGGACACGAUCUUCGUGCUAGCGUUCGCGAUAAUAAUGCUGAAUACAGAUCUGCACACUCCAAACCUAAAGCCGGAAGCGCGGAUGUCGCUCGACGAUUUCGUGCGUAACUUGCGCGGUAUCGACGACUGUGGUGACAUUGACCGAGAAAUGCUGGCCGGCAUCUACGACAGGGUUAAAGCGAGCGAGUUUCGACCUGGAAGUGACCAUGUUACACAGGUUAUGAAAGUGCAAGCGACGAUCGUCGGCAAGAAGCCUCACCUGGCGCUACCACACCGGCGGUUGGUCUGCUACUGCCGUCUCUACGAGAUACCGGACAUUCACAAGAAGGAGCGACCUGGGGUCCACCAGAGAGAGGUUUUCCUCUUCAAUGAUCUACUGGUGAUUACGAAGAUAUUCAGCAAGAAGAAGUCCUCAGUCACUUAUACGUUUAGACAAUCGUUUCCUCUCUGCGGGAUGCUCGUCAACUUGUUCUCUGUGCCACAUUACCCGUUCGGUAUCCGCCUGUCGCGGCGCGUGGACGGGCGCAGGCUCGCCACGUUCAACGCUCGCAACGAGCACGACCGCUGCAAGUUCGCCGAGGACUUGCGGGAGAGUGUCGCCGAGAUGGACGAGAUGGAGGCCAUGAGGAUAGAGUCCGAGCUCAGCAGGGGGAAGGGACGCAACACGGCCAACUCCAGGAAUGCAAUGGAGAACAGAGAUAGCGGCGUCGCUGACGUAGAGAUUGAUCAUCAGCAGUGUAUUGAGCAUGUUCAUGGGGUGCCAGUUCCGCCGCCGCCCAGUUGCCCGGCUCCUGCGGCUCCUCGCCCUGCCCACAACCCACCCCCCACCACCAUCAUCAAGCGGAACGUGCUCAGCAACUCGCUCGUCGACAUCAACGAUCCAGUGGCCCUGGCGGCUGAGCGGCUGCAGCGCCGAGGGUCGGUGGGGUCCUUGGACAGCGGCAUGUCGGUGUCCUUCCAGCACGGCAGCAGGAGUGCGCUGGCCACCUCGCCGCGGCAGCCGCCAGACCAGCGCUCGCCGGGUCGGUUAUUUGGAGGUAUAUUCCCGGGACGUCAGCGUAAAUUGAGCGCGUCCGGUAUCCCCGACACCAAGAGCCAAGUGGGAAAGAGCACAGAAGUUUAAACGAUACGAACAAUAAUUGAUUGGCUACGAUUCACUCGAUUAUAAACAAUAAUCGAUUCAUAUCUCGACUGCUUCGAGAUCUUUCGCGGAGGCAACUGUUGCAGAGUUUUAACAUUUGCACCACAAGAUGGCGUGCGUUACGUAAACAGCGAGAUUAGAUAGAAAUAUGAAUUUAAAAUUAACACAUUAACAUACAUAUAAAUAAAGAUCUUAGAUGAUUUAUACAUCUAGAUAGAGCCACUUGCUUAUUAUAGACAACCGAUGAGAACUGGCCACAUUUAUUACUUACAAGACAAGCUACAUCUUACACUCGCAAAUUGUAUGUCAUGUGUAAGUGUGCGUGUAUUAUUCACAAUAGAGAUUAAUUGCUAACCUCAAUUUUUUUCGACACAGCUGUCACAGUCUAUCUAGACGUAUAAAUGAUCUAAGAGACGGAAAAUACUUAUUUAAAAAUCGACUUUUAACAUCUCUUCUCUGAUAAAAUAAGAUCUAAGUUUAUGUAAAACUACAUAUUAUGUGGCGUCGAAUAUUAUUGAAUUCUUAUUAAUUUAAAUGGAAUUCGAUAGAUUCAAAAUCAAUGAUCGAAGCAUAAGUGAGUUAUUAAUAUUGAUUCACAAGUGAAUUACAGUUAAGUCGUUGGAAUAUUACGAUCUAUAAACCUUAAGUGCCAUCUUGAAUUCUAUUAGAUUUAAGGCAAGUACGUAAUUUUACGAAAGCUCGCUCGCAAUAAUCUGUGUCUUAAAUACAAUGAAAAUAAGAUUGUUUAAUACGUAUUGAGAAACAAAUUUUAACGUUAUUUUCAACUUUAAAAAAGGUAAAUAAAUGUGAAAGUAAAUUAAACUUUCGAAGAAUAUCAUGUUUGGAAUCAGCCGUUACAGAAAUGUUAUUUUCUGCCAUAUUUGAAAGAGAAGCAUAAAUUAAUAUAGAUUAAUAGAAUGCAUCAUUUAUAUAUUUUUAGAAGUCUUGUUUAUUGUAUCGAGAAUAAUAUUAUUUUUGGCUAAAACUUUGGUUGUGAAUGAUUAAGAAUCAAUUAAUGUAUUCUUUACCUGUUGUUUGUCAAAAGUUCUAAAAAGGAAAAAAUUAUGGAAGAGAAGGACCAAUGAGCGUACCUGAUGUUAAGUGAUCACUUGCAACACCAGAGAAAUGACAGGAGCGUUGUACUAAAAAAAUAUUAAUAGUAUUUUGUAUAUGAGUCUUAUCAGCAUCUUGUUCCGCAGUUCAUUUAUUAAUGUUAUCUGGAAAAAAGUUAUUAAAACGCAUGGAUUAUUGUGAAGAGCUGAUAAAGUGAAGGUAUUAGGCAUAAUAUAAUGUUUGUGUCAGGGUAUCUGUUGUUGGUGAUGCGAAAACACAAAAUGAAACUAUAUUCUGGUGACUAAAUGUGCUAAUAAUAGUAAUUAAUUGUAUUAAUUCAUACAAUAUAUUAUGAAACAUUAUUGCACUGCUGAUAAACCGGGCAAAAAGUAAUAUUUUAUUAGUAUUCAAAACAAGGACAAAAAUAUUGAAAUAACAUUAGAGAGAGCGAGAUAACAUAUAUAAAUGUGAUCUACCCACAUAACGGCUGAAUGGCAAAUUGCUUGGAAAAUGUUGCGAAUUGAAAAGUCGCUACCAGGUCGAGAAAAUAAGCUUAAAAUAUAAUUCUGAAUUACUCGAGAGAAGUAGGAUAGUGUUUUUUGGAUUAAAUAAGAUUGUAUGUUACCAAAUAUAUCAUUUAUAUAUAUUUUGAUGUGAGCCGUUUUGAGUCAUUUUGUGUAAAAUAAUAAACACAAUGAAAAUAAUAACAUUAUGAUUGAGACUUGAGGUGUUGUUGAUUGAUGUUAUUGAUUAAAGAUCAUUUGAACGCUGAAAUGAUUUAAAUGAAAUUGACGUAUGGUUAUAUAACUAACUUACUGCAAUUAUUAUACUUUUUUUUUUUAAUUUUUUCCAGCGUUGGUUGCGCGAGGGUUUGUGUCAAUUGUUAGGUUCUAUAAAUUUUAUCAUUUAAAUUUUGCUUACGAAAUUUUAUAAUUUAAUUUAACAUUGAAUUGUACAAAACUAACGAAUAAAGUAUUUUUUUUUUAAAGUUAGCCCGAAAUAGAUAUAUCUAAUUUUAUUAAAUUCCACCUAACCAUAGUCCUAAAUAGUUUGUUUAAUAUAAUUCUGCAGUGUUUUGAGUUAUUUGUUUUUAAAUGCGGUUCAAAAUGUUGCCAAAAAUUUUGUGUGCAUAUCGGGUAGUUUUUUUUUUUUUUUGCAAUUUUUUUUUAUUAAAUUAUACGGCAAUACAACGUUUGCUGGGACAGCUAGUCAAUUUAUAGAUUUUUAUUUGAAUGCAGUUAAGAAUGCUUCGGAGCCUUUUACACAAAAUGAUUCUAAUGUUGCCACAUAAAUAUUUAUAUAUCAAUUAAUUAUUAGUGUAAUUUGUAUAUACGUUGAUAAUAGAUGCAAUAAUACACAAUAAAUUAUUGAUAACUUUGGCACUCGACCGACUCACAAACAUACAUACAUACUUAUAUUACGAAUUUAUUCAAACGUUGUUGAAAUUAUAUAAUAUUAGUGUUAGUAAAGUUUUAAAUUUCUUAUUACGUGAGUAGGAAUUCAAUAUUAAAGUUUAAUAUAGUCGUCCAUUGCAUUUCUCCUGUCCACAAAUAUAUAUUAAUUUAUAAUUAUUGUCAUACCGUUCUCAGUACUUAAGUUUUUUACCUUUGUAAGUUACCUUGAAAUGGAGAAUAUUUAAAUGUUAACGAUCAGUAUAAGAGACUUACGUACCAAUGAUAUUUAAAAAAUAUAGUAACCCUCUUAACUAAUUUAUUAACUAUUGCAAUAUGAAGUCCUAUUCGAUAAAUCUUAUAGACUAAACUCAUGGUCGAAUUUGGUACAGCCGGACCAUCGGACGGUCUGGUGAGCGCCUCGCACCGAUCGGUCAGGCGUCGUAUUCAGUACGGUCCAGACGUUUAAAACAAUAAUUUUGUGCGAUGGAAAAUGCGACAUAGCAUCGAAUAUGGUUCUGUACAUGCCCUCGUCCGAUGGUUCGGUCGGACCAAAUCCGACCAUGUGUUUAGUCUAUUAGAACGCACUUACUACAUGAGUCGUGAACACGCUCUUUAUUGGUACAGACCAAACGACAACAGUGUCGCUGAUGAGUCACUCAUCAGUCGAUGCUUGCUGUCCGCUGAGUGCACACGUGUCUGUAGUAGUGUAUGUAGAAGCUGGGAACUGGCAUCUAUAACAUUGCACAUAAUAUAGCGUAUGAUAAUGCAAACAAAAGCAAUACUAAACUAAAUCAAUAUUUAAAAAAGAAUAAUAUUAAUAUAAUUAUAAAAAAAAAAUAUUUUUAUAAUUUGUUUGUAAUAUGUACGUAAAACUAUAAUCUGUCAAAUACAAAUUCGUGUUGUGAAUACAUUGACAUCUGUACACUAGUUAAGUAAAGCUUGCUCUUUGACAGUACUUACACAGAUGCAAUAUUAUGUUGAACAAGUUGUAGUGUAUUUAAUGAAGAAGAUAAUAUAUUUUAUAUCUAGAUUUUGAAUAACGGUCAGUUGAUGAUUUACUUACCAUAAAUGAAGUAUUGUUGACGAUUGGUUCAAACAUAAAUCAAGCUAUAUUCCGUAAUAAUAGUAAAAACUACAAAGUUACUGUGACGCUUCAAAGCAUUGACAGCGCAAGUAGGGUUGCCAACUUUCUCUGGCCGAUAUAGAGGAUGUCUGCUAUCAGAGAAACUAAAUAAAGAGUACACAUUAAUAAAAAGGAGUAUCGGUUAUUAAAAUUUUUUAAACCUUGCUCCACGAAAUUAAUAUUAUAUAUUCACAGAUUUUUUAAUGCCUUCAGAAACCACCAAGUUUUAUGGCUAAAAUAAGUUGUCUAUGCUCUAGCAUAUUGUAUCUGUCUCUGGUACAUGCUAGCUUUAUUUAAUUACUAACCAAUACUUACACUCCGCAGGAACUGCCCCCUCGCUCUCGUGAUUAUUAUAUCUAUAUAAUUGUAAAUGUCGCAAUAACGGAGAUAGCUGUAGACAGGUAACUAGUGGGGAAAAGGGGGAUAUUUUCGUCGGUUUCGAGUUGUUCUGUUGGAAUUGUACUACAAUGAUGUCCAAUUAUCAUGUCUAAUCAUAUUAUUAUUUAAGCCUCAUAUCCACUAGGCAACAUUUGGCGCGCAACAUGUUGAAAGUGCAGAACAGCGCGGAACUUUUAACAAUGUUAUCUGUCUUGAUUGCUUGAUCAGUUGUCGACAACAUGUCGCCUGAGGAAUUAGUGUUGAUUUUAGCUGCAGUGUUUAUAAUAAUUUAUGCCCAACUGCAUGUUGCUAGUUGCACGGAAACAAACAACAAGCCGGGCGCCAUUACGGCCGCCAGCUGGCAACGUCGCAAUGUUGAGCGGCACGUGUUGCGCUCUAAAUGUUCCCUAGUGGAUAAGAGUCUUUAUGCUUUACUAGAUUUCUCCCAUUUCUCGGGCCAUUUAAUAAAAAUUUACAAUGUAAUAGCUGAUAGCAACUGCAUGGACAUUAGUUUUUGACGCUAAAUGCACAUUGUCCAAAAAAACAUUUCAAUAAACGAUUUGAAAAAUUAUAUUCUUCAAUAUAUGUGCACGUAUAUAAUCAUCAAUAAAAUUCUAAGAAGUUUGUUUGGUCAUUUAAACAAUUUAUUAUUAGUUCCUAACUCAAUACCUAAACUGUGUUUAGCUUAACAUCGUUUAAUGUAGUUUUCAUUUGUACUGGUUGCUUAGGCUCGUUGUUUCUACUAUUUUAUACGAGGGUAGAUAGAAAAAUGAAUUGACUUGUUGAAUUGUGGAACUUUUUGAAAGUUUUUACUCUCUCUUAAUGCGUCUCGUAUUGUUUUGAAUGUUAUCGAUAUAACUCUAGCAUUUAUACCUACUGCUCUAUUUUAAGGGCCCGUACUUUUGGCUGGAAAUGCGGGUUAUUUUUUAAUUUAUAAAAUUGAUUUAAAUUAACAAUGAUGUUCUAUACACAUUUAAAUAUAUAUCUUUCGCAAUCUGAUAGCGGAACUAGAAAAGUGUGCUUAAAUACAAUGUAAGCACAAUUCUCUCCUUACUCGUGUGUCAACAGCUGUCACUGUCCGAUACAAAUCUGAACUGAAUAAAUGUUUUACAAUGUUGCUUAUUUACCAUGAAUAUUUUAACAACUGGAGUAAAUAUGAAGAUAUUGCCGUCGCAGCUUUUUAUGGUGUAAUUUGUGGCGUUUUGGCUUUGAUUUUACAGGACUUGAUUUGUCUAUAUGUAUAGAACGUCAUUGUAAGUAAAUGUUAAGGUUUUUGUAGAAGUAUAUCUAUAGCAUUUGGAACAUGUUCUUUUAUAUGAAACCUGACUGAACUUUCGCCGAACGUACAAAUACUGCGUAUACGUAUAUAUACUCUCGGGUAACUGUCCAAUUGUCAUGAAUCUCCAUUUAGUGUAGGAUCUCUCUUCUCAAUGUCGAUCAUUUAUGUUAUGUCAAGAAAUGAUGUCUUUUUUUUAAAUUACAAUUGGUUUGUUACCUGUGCUAAGCUUAGAUAAUUUAUACGUCUGGAUAGAGCUUCUUGCUGCUAGACAACCGAUGAAAACAGACCAGGUUUAUUACUGUAGUUUGCGUGGACAAGCUACGUCUUACACUCGCGAUUUGUCACUUUGUGGUAAUGUGCGUGUAUUGCGUGAUGUUUUGACAGCUGUCACAGUCUAUUUAGACCUAUGAAUGAUCAAAGGCGCUAUUUUAGUUACUUGCUUACACUUACAUUUACUAAGUUUAAUACGUUUCUUAAUGACUUACCUUUUAUUUUAAAUAAUAUAGACAAAUCUCGAAUUUUUCUCUGUAUCAAAUAUAAUAUCUUUUUGAUUUAAUUAGUUUGUGAUCGACAUUGCAUUUUUAAAAUCGUAUUAUUUUAUAGAAAAUAUAAGCUCCUGUUAAUGUAGUGAAAUUACUGAAACUUUAAAGGUUUAACAGGCGCUAAUAUGUUCAUCAUAAAUUUUUGUAGUGGGAAAUAAAAAUUGUUUUACGUUUUUACUUCAAAAGUUUCUGAUCGAAUUAUACUAUAAAAUAAACGCUAUUUUUAAAUAAAAAUUGUAAUGCAUUACAAUGGAAAGGGAAUUGAUUAAGUGUUUUGUCGUUGGAGUUGAUAAUUUGUAACUUUUAAUAUUGUUCUUAAUUAAGGAGUUGUGUAUUUCAAGCGAGGCAUAUUUUUGUCUGGUUUUGAUGUUAUGUACGUCACAAAUAUGGAUAUUGUAUUAUGUGCUUGAAUUAUUCAAUAUUUCUCAAAUUUGACUGUUAUUGGUGUGAGGUGGCGAAUCAGAUACAUAUCGGUCACUGACCUGUUUGCAAAUUAUUAUCGAUUACAAAGUGUCUUCGGUUGUGUUGGAGUAUAUAAUAGUGAGCUAAAAACAAGAUCUUUUUAAGAUAUACCAGCUUAAUAAUUGAUAGGUAUUCACACUAUAGAAUAACAGUUGUUUACAUUUAUCAGGCCACACAAUAUCAUAUUUGUGACGAACGGAGAGCGCGUGAUGUUCGGAACGCUUUGUAAAUUUCGCUUGAAGCCAAAGAUAUACCUAUUUUUGUGUUCGCUUUAUUCCAACGUUAUGUGUUCUGUCAAUUUGGCAGCUGUCAGUUCGUACCACAGACGAUGUAAUUACAAGUUCAAGCGCAUCGGCGCCAUUUGAUUUUCUGUACCAUAAAUCUUACUAAUUUAUUAUUUGUAUGUAUAUUACUGAAGAGGUUCUUAAUAUAUUAUUUUUAGUUGUUGUAAUAUUAGUGAUAAGCAAUUAACGUGUUGUGCGUCUCCGUACAAUAUAUUGUAUAAUAUGAUUAAAAUUGUUGAGAGUUGCUAAAACUAAGUCACUUACAUUAGUUUUAUUUAAAAAAAACGGAAAUGUAUUUAUUUAUUAAAUAUGAAUUAACAUUCAUGAGA